AUGGGAGAAAAGUACUCGGUGGAACAUAUUGAGGAGGUCCCCAUACUCCAUCCCUCUGUCUUUAUCAUCGGCCACUACCGGAACGGCACCUCCCUUCUACAUGAGCUCUUGAACAAUGACGAGAGGUUUGUGGCCCCCACGGCCUUCCAAUGCUCCGUCCCGCGAAUAGUCGUGGGGAGGGAGAGGUUCAUGACCAAGAAGUUUGCAGGGCUUCAGAUGGAACGGCCCAUGGACAGCUGAGUGUCGGAGGGAGGCGCAAGGAAGGGAGAAAGAGGGAGAGAGGGACGGCGCGAGGGAGGAAGAAAAGACAGACAUCCAAAAAUCACAAUGCUGUGAUCUUUUUUGAACACUUCUCUUUGUCCUGCUGCUCGGCCUUAGCUCCCCUUUCGAAGAUUAAUUCGCCAUCGCGAACCUGUCGGGCCUCUCUCCCUACAUGGGCGCCAUUUUCCCUCGACAGGACCAUUACUACGAGCGUUUUCUCUCCCUCAAAGAUUGCUAUCAGGCGGAGGUAUCGGCAUGGAAACGACCCAUCACUUUCUUCUUAUGAAAGUCUUGUACCAUCAACAAGACAAGCGCCUCAUCCUCAAGGUUUUUGCUUCUCCUCCUCUUUCCCUCGUUCUCGCCCUCCAUUCCCGUCUUCC